AUGAUCCUUUCAUUUAAAGGACUCAUUGAAAGAUGUAUACAUCUUUCAUUAAUAUUAGUAGUUUUAUGUUUUAUAGUUAGUGUAAAUAAUAUAAUUAAAAGUAAUAGCAAUAAUCAAGAAGAUGUAGUAGUCGGAAAGUACAGUGAUCGAUCACUUUUAUCGUAUUUCAAUGUUGGUCUGUCUGAUAUGAUCUAUAAAGGUUUUCAACAUCAGACGAAACCAAAGUCAAACAAGUUGAUUCUCCUAAAGAAUGGCAAUAUCAAUCCAGCUCAGAGACCAUCGAUGUCGAGUAGCAAACACUCACUCACCAACUCGAUUCCAAUCAAUGGGUAUCGUGGGUCGGCAAAUUGGAUGCAAUUCACAAGCUCUACUUGCCACACUUGA